CACAGUUGCUCCCAAAUCGCGUGAGAUAAUCGGAAGCCGGUUUUCCGGCGAGGAAUCCGGCGAGAGAGAGUGCGGGAAGGGAUUGGAAGCAAUCAACGCUACAGAACCUGCAAACGGUACCCUAACGGUUGAGGCUGGAACCUUGUGAUGUGCCUGUUAGGAAACCCUCCUCUCGGGGCCGAGAGGAGGAAGACGAUCCCGUCGGCGAAAGCAGUGGCAUCGAUCGGUGAAGAACACAUCCGCGCUUCAGCUGCCAAGAGAAACGAGUUGUAGGAACAUCACCUCGAUCGGAUUUCAAUUCGGCUACGAUGUCGGCGUCUGCGAUGAUUGGCGAGGCAGCGGAGGAAGAGGAGGAGUUUGGGUUCACGGAGUGCGAGUGCUGUGGGUUGACGGAGGAGUGCACGGCUGCGUACGUGACGGCGGUGCGUGCGAGGUACGGUGGGAGGUGGAUCUGCGGGCUCUGCGCCGAGGUGGUGGAUGAUGAGAUCUGCCGGUCGGCGAGGCUGAUCUCUAUGGAGGAGGCGUUACAGCGGCAAAAGAGUUUCUGCUUGAGUUUCCGAUCGGCGACGUUUCCGCCGACGACGGAGACCGGCGAUCAUCUUAUUGCAGUCGUUAGGAGGCUUAUUCGCCGGAGCCUUGACUCGCCGCCCCGCGUGCUGCUGUCUGCCUCUGCAAGUACUUCCAGGAGGGUUCCCACUGUCUCCGGCCAGUCAAAAACCUGCCUGGCCACUAUUGGAGAUAAUUACCUCAGCGAUGCCGGAGAUGCAGAUCUUCUCGAGGUAAAGGGAUUGAAAUUCAAUUAGUUUCUGAUGGUGAAAUCGGAAUUUAAAUGAAAAUAAUGAAAGAUUCAUCAGAGAUUUGGGAGGGGAUUACAUCUAUAACGAAUAAUUACCAAAAAAAAGAAAAAGAAGGCUGAGAGCAACUCUGAUCUUCUUACUGCUUCGGAGGGCGGAGAAAUUU